CCGGCGCCGCUCUGGCCUGCGUCCGUCCCCACCGCCACCUGGGCCGCCAGGCAGACAGGCACCGGAACCCCAGGAGCCAUGGGUGACUGGGGUUUUCUCGAAAAGCUGCUGGACCAGGUUCAGGAGCACUCAACGCUGGUGGGCAAGAUCUGGCUGACAGUGCUCUUCAUCUUCCGCAUCCUCAUCCUGGGCCUGGCUGGUGAAUCAGUGUGGGGGGACGAGCAGUCGGAUUUCCAGUGUAACACAGCCCAGCCUGGCUGCACCAACGUCUGCUACGACAAGGCCUUCCCCAUCUCCCAUGUCCGCUACUGGGUGCUGCAGUUCCUCUUUGUCAGCACGCCCACCCUGGUCUACCUAGGCCAUGUCAUCUACCUGUCUCGGCGUGAGGAGCGGCUGCGGCAGAAGGAGGGGGAGCUUCGGGCACUGCUGGACAAAGACCCAAGCGUGGAACAGGCGCUAGCAGGUGUGGUGCGUCAGAUGGCCAAGAUCUCGGUGGCGGAAGAUGGUCACAUGCGGAUCCAGGGGCCGCUGAUGUGCACCUAUAUGAUCAGCGUGAUCUGCAAGAGCGUGUUAGAAGCAGGCUUCUUGUACGGCCAGUGGCGUCUCUACGGCUGGACCAUGGAGCCCGUGUAUGUGUGUCAGCGCUCACCCUGCCCCCACCCUGUGGACUGCUUUAUCUCUCGCCCCACGGAGAAGACGAUCUUUAUCAUCUUCAUGCAGGUGGUCGGAGUCAUCUCCCUGCUGCUCAACCUGCUGGAGCUGGUCUACCUGCUGUGCCGCUGCUUCAUCCAAGGACUAAGGGCCCAGCAGGGCCAGAAUGCCCGCCCACAUCAGGACACCACAUCGGGGCCUCAAGCUGACCGGGUCUUCUACCUCCCCAUGGGCAAGGAGCCUGCAUCCGAGCCAUGGAACUGGGCCAACCUGACUACACAAGAGAAUCUGGCUUCUAGCCCACCCCCCUUCCUGGACCAGUACCCCCAGAGUAGCCAGAAAUCCCCCAGUAGCCUCAGAAGCAAUACUUACAAGAAGCAGUAUUUGUAGGAACCUGGGGUUUAUGUCACCCAACGGCGGGGCCUGGGAAGUCUGGCUGCCUUGGUGGCCCCUCCUUGAAGGCUCUGCAGAGAUGACUAGGACUGGGGGUAGCAGGUGCUUGCUGGCCAGAGGGCCUCACUUUAGGUUGUUCUUGGACAUCUGGAGCCUUCCUGGUGACCAGAGGACACCUCAUGGUUUCCCCUCCAAAACCUGGCUUUGCCCCAGGCACAGGCAGAGAGAACUUGGGCUGCUCUUGGCCAAAAGUGUGGGCCCUUUAGCAUUUUUCACUUUUUUCAGAGGGACCCAAAGCCAAGUGACUCCGCCCCCACUGUCAUGGGAGAUUCUCCCCCACCCAGGUUUUCCUCAUACCCUCUGCUCUCAGGAAAAUCCUGGUCGAGGCUGCUGGGUCGGCCUUGGUUACACAACAGAG